CUUCACAAGCAAAUACUGGACCUGUGCCGCCCUGCUCCUAGACUACUAUGCCGACUUUUACGCCCACGAUAGCGCGCUCAUGCAAGCGAUAUGGUUCCACCUUUUUGACAUAUGGCAGGAAAGCACAGCAUGGCUUAUCGACAAUGCGGUAUUAGAAGUCAGAGCACAGCAACAAAGCAGUACAGCAGACACAAACACAACGAUGCUGCGUGCGGACCGAGUCCGAUGCGCAGCAAAAGCCCGAGCAUUCGUCAAAAACGUCAAAGACACAGUCGAACUCGUCGAAGUAGUCCUCUGGGGCCGCAAACAAGGCACCAACACCGCCGCCGCGGCGCACCCAACCCAAGAAACUAUCCUUUACGACCCGCGAGGUGAGGUAUGGCGUCCCAAUGGUGAAUACGACACCGGACCGUGGAUCAGCGGCAUAAAGCCAUGGUGCCAGUUCUUAUACAACGACGGACCAGGCGUAGCGCCUCUCCCUAUUCCUCCCAGUCUCGCAAAGCAACAAAACCUCAAUCCCAACAGUAGCAAUACAAAUAGAAAACCGGACAACAGCAACCCAAUAACAACAACCCGCUACAUCCCCCACCCCGCCAUCGCAAUCCUAACCUCGCACACCCAGCGCGCCCGCGCCCUCGCAUUAGCCCACUAUACCGCUUUCACACCCGAGGAAACCCACGUCUCCCACCUCAAAGAGUUUGAUGCGUACGCCCCUGUUUUCCCAACCCCAAGACACCCAGUGCAUACGUGUACGUCGCCGCUGACGGGCCACACGAUGUCGUACGCGCUGGGCAACGGCGCGCCGCCCGUGCUGCGGCAUGUCGGGUUUGCGGAUCCGGAGAUGAUGGAUGAGCGGGCGGACUGGAAUCUGCUGGAUGAGUGUGUGGCCAUGUGUAAGGGGAUGGAUCCGUAUCUGGGGGUUAGUGGGGAGAUGGGGGAUGCGGGAGGGGAAGAGGAAGAGGCGGCGUUUGAUGUGUGGACUGUGGUUGAGACGAGAGUGGAUGGCGAGGGAAGGGAGGGGGGAGAGGUGGAGUUGGCAACUAUGUUUGAUAACUGGUGUGGGAUUAAGGAGUGCGAACUUGAUUCUUCUCGGUCAAGCAAAUGAGGUUCAAAGGGGAAUGGUCACGGUAUAUGUACAUAUUGAAGCCUCGACAGGAUCAACAAACAAUAUUUUGUCUUUCAUUUCUCUUUCUGGAAUAUCUACACUAGCUAAAUGCCUUUAACUGUCAAGCUACCUA